AGCACAGCUGAAGCCACCAAGAUUCUUCUGUUGCAAUUCCACCCAGCCCCCAUUAAAAUUUCAGUCAGCGUAUGAUCGCAAGAAACAGAUGCCAGAGAUCUGCACUCAUGAAUUGGUUUUCUGUUGUGGCAAAAAAUUAUUGGAAGGCCACCUUUGUAUUGUGGAAUAGCAAUGCUGCAUUGGCUCAUUAUCUACCCUGUUUGAGAAGAUCUUUGCAUAAUGGUGACUUCAACAUUCAUCCCUUGGUAAAAGAAGCUAUGGAGAGUAGAAAACCAGUUGUUGCCUUGGAAAGCACCAUAGUCACACAUGGCAUGCCAUAUCCACAGAAUCUGAGCAUGGCCAGAGAAGUGGAAGAAAUUGUCAGAACAAAUGGGUGUGUGCCAGCAACUAUUGGCAUAUUGAAUGGCCACAUCCAUGUGGGCCUCCAAGAUGAAGAACUGGACUUUCUUGCAACAGCCAAGGACGUAAUGAAGGUCUCUCGCAGAGACUUCCCCUAUGUUCUCAGCCAGGGAUUGUCUGGGGGAACUACUGUGGCGGGAACCAUGAUUGUGGCACACAAAGCAAGAAUUCCAGUAUUUGUAACUGGAGGAAUUGGAGGGGUCCACCGGGGAGGAGAAAAGACUUUGGAUGUGAGUGCUGAUCUGACUGAGUUAAGUCGUACUCCAGUUGCUGUAAUUUCUGCAGGUGUUAAGUCUAUACUUGAUAUUGGCAGAACACUGGAGUAUCUGGAAACUCAAGGAGUCUGUGUGGCCACCUUUGGAAAAUCAAGAGAAUUCCCAGCCUUCUUCUCUCACCGAAGUGGCUUCCAGGCACCAUAUCAGGUGCAGGAUGAGAAAGCUGCUGCUCAACUGAUUGCCAGGUCAUUAACUUUGAAGCUGGGCAGUGGAGUCCUGAUUGCAGUUCCCUGUCCUCCACAUGAAGCUGCUUCUGGGCAGUUUAUUGAAGAAGCAAUCCAGCAAGCUUUGGAUGAGGCUCGGGGGGAAAGGAUCACAGGAAAGGAGCUUACACCCUUUUUGCUGCAGAGGGUGAAUGAGUUAUCUGGUGGAGAGUCACUGAAGUCCAAUAUUGCAUUGAUCAAGAAUAAUGCCAUAGUGGGCAGUCGCAUUGCUGUAGCCCUGAACAGGCUCCAAAGAGGUCAGGGCAGGAGAGGCAGCUUGUCUCAAAAUGAAAACACACCUGGUGUGCCAAGACCAGUAGUCGUUGGUGGCAUCAACAUUGACAUCAUAGCCAAGGCAAAAGCUGCAACAAUAAAAAACGGGGGGCAGACAAAUCCGUCUACAGUGAGACAAUCUUUUGGCGGUGUUGGCAAAAAUCUAGCAGAUUGCUUAAGUCGUCUUGGGAAGAUGCCCGUUUUUAUCUCAGUCAUGGGGAAAGAUGAGCAUUCAGAAUCUGUUCUGCGACACUGCAGGCAUAUGGAUAUGAGAGGAGUCUUACAACUGAAAGGACGCAACACAGCAACUUACUGUGCUGUAAUCACAGGCACCGGAGAACUUACCUUUGGUUUGGGAGACAUGGAAAUCCAUCAGGAGAUAACACAGCAACAUGUGUCACAGUUCAAGGAGAACCUGUGCUUGGCUCCAAUAAUAUGCCUUGAUGGGAAUGUGCCAGUUUCUACCAUUGAGUACAUCUGUCAGAUUGCCAGAGAACAUCACUUAGCAGUGUACUAUGAACCUACAGAUGUGAACAAAGCUCCAAAGCCUUUUCUUUCAGAAAGUUGGAGAAAUCUGACCUGCAUAUCUCCCAACCUUCGGGAACUCAUAGCCAUCAGUCAGACCCUGGGAAAUCCUGUGCCAACAGAUAUGCCAUCAAAGACGGAGGACAUUAUCAAGACUGCUAUUGCUCUAGCUUAUCCUUUAUUGAGAGGACUACAUUGUGUGGUCGUAACUCUUGGUCAACAUGGAGUCCUGCUGUGUGGCCGAAGCAAGGGUGGAAGUGUCUCUCUGCACCCUGAAACAUGCUAUGAGAAUGCUACUACAGAGGAAUUACGUGCUGUUCAUUACCCAGCACUCCCUGUCCCCACCGAAGAGAUAGUGAAUGUCUCUGGAGCUGGUGAUAGCUUAAUGGCUGGAAUCAUCGCUGGGCUGCUUGCUGGGGAAGACACAGAUAACUGCGUCCGGAUGGGCCUCCUCUCAGCCAGUCUUUCCCUCCGCUCUUAUGAGCCUGUUUCUCCAUUGAUCAACAGCACCAGUGUGAGCUUGGCAAGGCUCAAGGCUCAGAGAUGGCCUGUGGCCAAGAUUUGGAAGUUGUCUUAAUUGGAAUUUCUUCCGUUUCUCCUUCAGUCUUCAUAGGUAGAGGGGAAAAAAUAGUGCCUGAAUCUCCCUAUGCUGCAUUCUAUAUUAUUCUAACUCUGUUUACUAUGUGUCAUGCCCCAGCAUAUAAUUUUUAUAUAUGCUGCUGUUGCUCUCUAGCUCCAUCUAGUGGCCGGAGGACAAAUACCAAUCUAUAUUGUUCUGAAGCUGACCCAACCCCUUUACCUAUCAGCCCGCACUCUCAAAGCAAGUGCACAUUGGGAAGCCUGACUCCAUUUUCCUUUAGCAUUUGGAGGAGGCAGAAACACAAAGAAAAAUCCAUCUUAAUCUGUGGCACAUGUUCAUCCAAGGACAAACCCACAUCCCACACACAGAGCAUCGCUGUUUCACCAUAUCCUGUUCUUUCAAUAAAGCAUCCAUCUCUGUGCACACGGUCUGUUUUGUUGGAGGAUAGGUGGGUUUAGCUGCAAGUUGAGAUGCGC